UGCAGCUAGCCCAAGUCAGACUGUGACUGUUUGCAGAAAGGUUGCCUCCUAUCUGGCGGCCUGUGAAAUUGCCUUUAGAUAAAAAGAAGUCGUGUGUGUGCAACACAACAACAUUGUGACUGUGCUAUUAGUUUGCUCUGAAUUAUCAGAUACUUUGUUGAGCUAAGUGUGUGCACUGUUGGGUGGUUUUUCAGGUGAGCUGAUUUAAUGAAACUGUACUCGGUUAAAAUUAUAUGAGGAUGGUGGUGCAUGAGAUGAGCCCUCUUGGUGUCCCUGUAUUGAUAUAAUAUUGCAGUAGUAUGCUGUAUUGAUUCAUUCCCUCUCCUUAAUACGGUCACUUCUUUAGUGCUUUGUACUCUAGUCUAACCGUUUGAAUGAUAACGUAGCUUAAAAAUGAUCAUUGUUAAAAGCACUUUGAGUGAUUAAGAGUAUAAUAUACGUGAAUAGGGUCAUGGCCCGCACGGGGAUCCACUUUGGCGUUAUUAGCACCACGCCCUAACCAACUGAGCUAACCGGCCCGUGCAGGGCGUUAUUUUGAGACCCUUCAUGCUAGAACGGCUGAUACGAAACUGAAAGUUAAGGGGAGGAGAUUCCCAUUCUGAACCUGAACAGAAAGUGGAAGUUAAAUAGAACAGACGGCUCUUCACAAAAGCCUUUAACUUUUAACUUUGAACUUCAACCAGCCUAAACGACACAAGGGCUUAAACAGCAUCCAUUUGUGAAGCAGGAUGUCGCUACAAUUCUUUGGAUGGGAGGUUACCUAUGAUGAUGAGUCUCCCAGUGUGGAGCUGACAGCCUCCCAGGCACCCAAAGAUAAGGGUGUCUACACCAUGUACCAUGGUACCAGCAUUGCCAAUGCACGUCUCAUCAUUGCCAAUGGCUUUCAGCAGUCGCAGGGGGGCAUGCUAGGAAAGGGUGUGUACGUCAGCCGUGAUAAGAAAAAGGCAGAACGUUAUCCAUUGAACAACAGCCCUACAGACCGUGUGGUCCUCGAGUUACGCGUGUCUGUUGGCCGUGUCAAACGCAUUGACAAGGACAACCAUCCUAUGCAGUACACUUGGAGCACGCAGGGAUAUGACACUGCUUGGGUACCCCCUAACUGUGGGAUGAAAGCUGUGCCCAGCGGCCUGGAAGAGGACUGUGUGUUUGACCCCAAAAGAGUGACAGUCGUGGGCAUUGCAAAGGCUCCACACAAUGUGCAGACAGAACUUAAGCAGCUGGUGGCUCAGAACAUCAGCCAUUCCAGCACAGUCCCGGGUGGAGUAGUGUAUGGUGCUGCUGCUUUGGACGUGUGUUCACUAUGCAAACGCAGGCAGCAGCAGGGGUCUCCACACAUCACGACACCAUGCUGGGGCUGUGGGCAAAACAUCUGUAUUCUUAUGAGCAAACAUGUAUGUCCAGUUAGCGUUUGAGAGUGAGUGACACGGAUGGAUUCACAUAUAUGAUCUGGCAGAGUGUCGGAAAAAAGCUCAAAAACGCAUAUGACUCAAAGUUUCUUCUGUUUCUUCCACUUUAGGGAUGUUUGAAUAUUGUUUACAAAGUUUUAUGUGAAUUUUAAAAGUCACUGCUCAUUCUAAUUUACACUGCUGUCUUUUAUAGUUUACGUGCAAUCAAGAUGAGACAAUUGUUAGAUAUUGGGAAAAUGUCUUUAUUUCACUUUGAAUGUAGAUGCGGUACCUGCAUUUUAAGCACAUUUUGAAAUAUGUGACAAUCAUGACUUCAACUUAAAGAGGUGAUUAGAUCAUGUAAAGCCAUUAAAGCCAUUAUUUAAAGA